CUGGGCAGUUUUACUCUGAAGCGUUGUUGGGUGUACAGGUGCUUCAACAAAUGAAAAAAAAAAUCAACUUUGUUUCCUUCAGUCCUAAAUUAUUUCUUCUGAAAUAAUUGCUUGAAAUACUUCCCAAGGUUCUGCUUUGUGCCAGAUGCUGCCAUGAUGUUAUCACUUGUGAACUCUGCAAGAUCUGAAUGCAAAGCCUUGAGUUCAUUGCCCGAGUUCAGAGCCAAGGUCAAAGAGCUGCCACGUCCUGGCGGUGGAGGAUCUUUGGGCUGCUGAUGGUGAGCAAACAGAGAGACUGCAGGAGGAAAGGGCAGCCAGGGUGACACAGUGACAGCACCGAGCCACCUCCCUACGUGCACACCUUGAUCAGCUGUGCCACUUUGUGCUUGGGCACAGGUGACGUGGCAGCACUGGCUUGCAAGCAGUUAAAAUUCCAAGGGCUGUGCCAUUGGUGGCUGUCACUUGCCAAAACCACACAGCUCUGACCAUCAUCUGAUGGGAGAGCAGCGAGGGCUGUGCCAAAGGAAAAGGAAAACCCAACACCUCUUUUUCUGAGGAAGGAGAGUGGAUUCCUUUCUCCAGUGAAGUCUGGCAUUUCAUUUGGAAGUUUUCCUGGAUCUUUCUUUCCCAGACCAGCUGAUGGCAGCUGAAGCAUUAGGCCCUGCAGCAGGAAGAGAUGAUAUGAAGUGCUGUUAAUCCUCUGACACCGUGCCCUGGAUCCUCAUGGUAUGUCUGAAGGACACAUCUCUGCAUGGUCUGAAUAUGCCAGGUGAAGCCCAAGAAUAACUUUUCACAGGAGUUUGUGACCUCUAAAAGAGGAAGAAGUCAAGAGAGGGCAACUUUUAUUCUAUAUUUAGCCCUAGAUUGUCCUCAUGAAUACUCCCGUGGAGAAUGUCCAUGAUCUUCUUUGCCUGUGUGGUGAGGGUGAGGGAUGGGCUUCCCCUCUCAGCCUCCACAGAUUUCCAUCUCAACCAGGACUUUCUGGACUGCAGGAAGAGGCUGAAGGCUCUGUCCUCGAUCCUGGCGCGGUACCCCAGUCGGGGCACGGCCAAAGGACGUAACCUGAGCAUCCAUUUCCUUUCUUCUGGGGAUAUUGCCUGCAUGGCAAUCUGCUCCAGCAGCUACUCAACCAUCAUGGCCUUCUGCUUCCUGGAAGAGCUUCGCUGGGAAUUUGCUGCUUCCUACAACACAAGGAGCAUCAAUUCAGCUUCCAGACCAUAUGCUUUUAUUGAAUUUGAUAACACCAUUCAGAAGGUGAAACACCAUUUCAACAGCACCCGUGGCUCCAGGGCCAAGGGCAGCUGGGAGAGGGUGGAGGAGGAGCUGAAGCUGCAGCCCCCAGUGCAGCUGCAGCUGGAGGCCACGGAGCUGCUGAACGGGCUGAGCAACGGAGGGCACGCAGGAGGCCGUGUGGAGGUUGUCCCUACUUACAGAAUGCAGCCUGUGACCCCCCUGGGGAUUCUGUCACUUGUUCUGAACAUCAUGUGUGGAGCUCUGAACCUCAUCCGAGGAGUUCACCUGGCAGAAUAUUCCUUUCAGGAGGACCAUGAAGGAAUUGGAAAUGUGAUAGCUUUUUUUCUACCUUUUCUAGCCUGUGUUUUUCAGUGUUACCUGUACCUCUUCUACAGCUCAGCCAGGAAGGUGAAGACAUUUGUGCUCCUUUUCUGUGUCUGUUCAUGCAACAUCUACUUGUAUGGAUUGAGGAACCUCUGGCAAAUCUCCUUCCACAUAGGAGUGGCUUCUCUUUCUUCUUACCAGAUCCUGACAAGGCAGCUCCUGGAGAAGCAACCUGACUGUGGUGUAUGAAGAAAAAAAAAACAAACUUGGGGUUUGCUACUCUGUUUUUACAACUCUUUUUUUGUAUUCACCUGGCCAAAAAUAGCUCAGAGUGUUUUUUUUAACCAUCCAUGGCAAUGGUUAUUGCAAGGAGAACAGUUCCAAGCAACUUGGGAUAAGUAGGAUCCUGUAAUUAUGUCCAGCAAGGAGUGCAGCUGUAUUUCACGUGGUUUAUGGUGGAGCUUGUCAGGUGUCACCACAGAUGGAAGUUCUUACCUUCAGCAGGCUUUUCCUCCUUGGCUGCCACCAUCCAGACAGCAUUUUGCCAUUUGUCUCACUGGCUCUGUGAGAGCUUGGCAGGUCAGUCUUGCCCUGCUGCUGCAAAUACUCAAAUUGUGUAGUAGAACAAAGGUAAAGUGAUGGGUAACAUUUUUGUCUCUAGAUUUUCUUGGUAAAUGUGAGUAAAGGGGUUGUUUGCUGUAAUUAGGUGAGUGCAGUAUCAGUGGGAAAAAUGCUGAGGGUGAGCUUCAGGAUCACUUUUCUAAGUUUGGAAGGACAGGGAAAGGCUGUGGCUCUUUUAUAAACCAUAAAGUCUAUAAAUAUCUCCUUGGCUCUACAGCACAUUGCAGUUUAGUGUGUGCUUAUGGGUUAAUUGCAAAUAUGCUUGGGGCAGCAGAAAAUAAUCCAAAUGAGUGUAAGUGAUCUGUCAGCUCUUGUGGCCUUUGUUUCCUUGGCUAAGGUCACUUUUAGGAUAAGGGCAAUUCCAUGUUUGCUUGGCCUGUAUGGAUAAUAAAUCUUCCAGGCCACUGACCCCUUCACCUUUUUUUAAUAAAAUGAGUAGCUAGUGAGUAGAAAGCAAUUUCCAGGAAUGGAAAGCAAGAGCAGGUUCUCUUUGUUCUGUGAAACACCUGUGGGUAAUGGUGGUGAAUUCUUACACUCAGAUGAGUUUCUGGGUGUGCACUUUGGAAUAGGGGACUGGAAUUCCCAACCUCUGCUGCACUGGCUGUUCUGCUCUGUCAUGGAUCCAGGUGCACAGGGGCAUUUUAGGGCAUAGAGGAAUAAUUUAGGCUGGCUGUUAAAAAAAUGCAUAGCAGUUUGAUGCAGCUGUCCUUGAGGGGUUGUAGAGAUUCAAACUGUAGGUAUGUUAUUGUGGAAUUAUGGUCCUAAAAUUUCCUUUUUUUUUUAUUUCAUGGUCAUCCCCAUGUCUUUCACCAAAGAUUUCUUUUUUCUCUCACACAGUCUCUACCUCUGGUUGCAAAGAGAUUAACAUGCAGCAGAGUCAUCUUUUUUUUGCAGGAACACUUGAGAAAAUUCCUUUCUUUUAUCUCAGUGAGUUUUCCUGGAAUCUCAGGAUGUAAACACGAGGAUCAGACCAGAAAUUUGUGGUGCUGGACCUUGGAAGCACUUCUGGAUGCAGCUGACUGCAGCAACAGCAUCCAUGGGCAGCCCAUUACAACCUGGACAGUUUCUAGGACAUCAGGAAACUUAGUGCCAGAGCUUUUCCCAGGAGGAAAAUGUAGGAAUUUCUUUUUCACUGCGCUUACUGGAACAGCAAUGUGAUAAAAACCUCCAAAGUGUGAGGAAUAGUCUGGUAGGAAUGAUGGAGGAAUAUUUCAGCCAGGCAUUUAAGGACACAGCUCGAGCUGUGUGCGAUAAGGGAGAGGUUUUCUGUUAUAAGGGAAGGGAUUAAAGUUGUUUUUCUGCCAUUAUCCCAGUUUUCUGUCAGUCUGCAAGUGGAGAAAUGAAGCCACAAUUCAAACACUGUCCCUGAGACACCAAGAUGACCCCACAGAUAUGAGGGGUUUUGUGCUGCUCUUAAUUUUCAUACAGUUACCAGUUUUCCCUGGUAAAUUACUUCUGGAGACUGCAGGGAACUUGCAGCCACAAGUUUGGAUUACAAGUUUAAAAAAAAAAAAUCUGAAAAAAGAACACCCCAGAAAUCUGACACUAGAAACUUAACACUUUAAGGGUAAUGGAUCUGGUGUUUUCCAGGAGCAUAAAUUGGGUAAAAAAUUGCAUAAAUUGGAUUCCUGUGGGGAAAGGAUGAAACAUUUUAUACUACAGACAGACAAAUCUUCAUGGAAAGGACUUUAGGACAGGAGCCAACUCCCUGCUCCUGCCUUUUUAUCCUCACUGUGGCUAAAGAGUCCAGAAGAGCUUUUCCAGUUUCUCCUGGGCUUGGCUAAAGCCAGCCCACAGGGAGCAUUUCCAGAGGGCAUUCCUCUGGGCUGAUUGGAAAAAUUGUAACAUUCCUGCUGCUUCCCCAGCAUCCAACUGCUCUGUCCUGAAACAGAUCCAUCCCUGAGCCAGGGGAUGGCAGCCACAGCUCUGCAAAGGGGUGCUAGAACAGGCUGGCUGGAUAAUUGUGCAAUUAACAGAGUGGAGAAAGGUUAAUUUCAGCUUUUUUUGAAUUGGUUUUCCUAAAAAUAUUUCAGUAAAAUCAAACCAAAUCAGUUGGUUCAGUUCUGCCUUUGCCUAAACGUCUAUAUUUUUUGCUUUGUGGAUUUUUGGGGAAUGUGGCUGAAUCUUGAGGUGUUUUCUACCCAGUGACAAAGCUCUGUUUUGGUGUUGGUCUUAAUCCCUUUGCAACCUUUUAUUUUCCUGUAAUAUGUGUAAACCAUAUUAAGGAAUCUACAUGCAUUAGUCUGUGUGCACUUCAUAGGUUUGGGUUUGGGUUCCAGGAUGAGGCAGAGCACACAGAAUUUCAGAAUUUGACCUAUUUUUCUUUUUAAUUUGGUAUUUAUCCCAUGUCCACACAGUAUUUAUACAGUUAAACAUUUUCUCUUGGCAAAACAGCAAGAGGAAUAGAAUAGUUUACAUUGAUCUCAGUGCUUUAAGAUUUGAUAAAAAAGAAUGACUUGCAGUUUGAGAACACAAAAUCUGACUCAUAAUGUGGGAUUUUUCCUGUAUUGAAUCAAAUCCCCAAAGAGAAAUCCAUCCCUUUUUGCAGCUUUAAACUGGUUGAUGUGGUUUGAAUUGCAUCUUCUUCAUUCUGUCACUUUGCAAGAGAAGUCUUUUGGAAACUCUUCUCCUCACCCAGCAGCUCAGCACAAGCAAAUUGGCAAAGAAUAAACUUCAGUAAUUUCCAGAUUUGCUUACUCAGUGCUUAGUCACUUUAUGAAGCUGGUAAUUCUCUGGUUUCUUUUUUUUUUCCCCUUUUCUCCCAAAGACCUGUUGAGUUUGUAGAAGGUGGGCUGGUACCUUUUUAGACAUUUUUGCACUGUAUUAAUAAUUAAACCUGUGUAAAUGUGUAUAAAAUCAUUUUGCAUGUAUAUGUAUAUAUGUACAUAUAUCUAAUAAAUGGCUUUUUUU